CAAGAUGGCUGCGUGCUUACACCAAGCGCUCGAUUUUUACGAUCUGACAGGAAAAUCGAAGACUCUAAACAACAUGGAACCACUGUACGAAACCUAAAGAGGAGUUUUAACUGCCCAAGGAGUGAUAAAGGACAGAGAGAUCUACUGAGCCAAGCAAAUCGAAAUCGUUUUAAUAUCGCUAGUAAAGUCCGACUUUCGUGGUUGAUCAAAAACAACUGCAACGCGAUGAUCAUCAUCUUCUCAGUGGUUGCUUCAGCUCUCUUGGCUAGCAUUAUAUUUUUGGUUAUUACACUUGUCAGAAAAUAUCACGCUUUAGCGGACUUAAGAAAACUACCUGGUCCAAGGCCUAAUAUUUUCCUUGGAAACGCAUGGCAGCUUCCCAGUAACCCUGAAGGUACCGGUACAGUGUAUCGAUCAGUUUUCAGGUUAUAUUUACAUGUUGUAAAGCAUUUAGAUAAUAUGCUUUACAUAUGUAGGCUUCAUCUGGAGUUUUUAUUAACCAAAAAUUUCAGAAACUUCCGUCUUCUCACAGUCUGGUAAUCUCGGAAAAGGAAUAUUCGACGGAUCUGGCUUCACUUCAGUUGAACUCCUAAUCCUCUUUAAUACGUAAUGUGUAGCCUUCGAGAUCAUUUCGAUCGUCCUCAAAAUUUCCCCUUUUUAACUUUCAGUGGUCACGCAAGUAAUCGACCUGCGAACGCAAACACAUUUCCAGUCGUCGCUUCUCUCCAACCCAGAAAGAACCCCAAUCUAAUUCUGUCUUGAUAAUGAACGAGGUUUCCCAAUUAACUUUCGUGUCACUUUUUACACUUUCUAGGCAUGUUUAACCAAGUACUGCAGUGGGCAGAUGAACAUUGGAAAGAGGGAGUUUUCUGUCUCUGGCUAGGGCCUUUUUACCCUUAUGUGCUAACAUUUAAACCUGAAUUUGCCGAGGUAAGAAAUCUCUAGUGUUAUAUAUAGCACGGAUUUGAUGAAAAAAGUACAAGGGACACCCUUUGGUCAGAGGAGUGAACGACUCACGUUCAUUGAAUUGUCCUUCUAUUUUCAGAUUCUACUGGACAGCUCAAAACACUUGACCAAAUCCAACGAUUAUUCAUACAUGAUUCCGUGGCUUGGGACGGGUCAGUAACGUUAGUUCUAAAACCACUCUGUGUUAGAGUCCAUGGCAUAAGAAUCAAACUGGCUCUUCAAACAAAACACAAAGGAUCAAAAGAAACCACCUUGAGGAAAAAAAAAAGGCACUUUGAUUUCUUUUAUAUUGCCUCCUACUCAUUUCAUUUGUGCAGAAAAUUGCCGCAUAGCAACAUUCUUGGAAAGAAUUAAUCCAUUUUAUAACUAUUCGACGACCUUCACAAACGCAUACUUUCAAAAAUUCAUCACUUCACGGGUCACUCCGCUCACCUUAAUUUAACCCCAGUCUUCUCCUAGCCAGUUUCUGAGGCAUUCAGAUGUUGGACUGAGGGUGGCACGAGAUAGAGAGGGCCAGGGAGGAAACGCGGAAAAAAGGAAGAAGGGGAAGGAGAAAGGAGGUUUUUUUCGCCCUCUCCCUACCCCCUCCCUUGCUGUUUUUUUCCUGCUCACUUAUCUUUGCGACAAUUAGAUUCUAAUGUUAAAGAGUUCUUGUUUGUUUUGUUUUUUUUUCAUGUUUUUCCUGCCUGUGUGUGUAUUGUUUUGUUCCAUCAUCCAUCAUGACAUGCAUUCACUGCAAUGCUGGGCUGGAUAACAAACAAAGGCUUAUUAAUUAGGUAGGUAAAAUAGUUUCUACCUUGAUCUCAUCGGUUUCUCUUAUUAUCCUCAACCCUUGAACCUAUGAACGAAUUCAUGUAUGUACCCACUAUGUGAAAAAGCGAAUCUUGAUUGAAGACCAUGAAGAGAAAAAGUUUGAAACAUCUAAAAGAUUUUGAAAACUUUUCCAUGCCCUUGUGCGCUUCAGAUCGAUCAAAUUGGAAGCAAAGUGUUCGCUACGUGAGGCGCCGGAUUGAGUUUUAAUUUUGCUGUGUGGCUCUGUUCCUGAGAAAUUAAUCUGUUUGUAUAGAACCUGUGACAAGCUCUACUGGGCAAAUAAACCGAUAACGAUUAAAGAAUGGAACUCUUGUUCAUUAACCCAUGCCCUAACAUCUUUGCAAGAGAAGAGAGAGAGAGAGAAAUUAAAACCCGCUGGUGCCUGCUCCCGUUUUUGCGCUUAGCUGGAGGCAAAGCCACUAUCUUUUACUGUAUUAUUUAAACUAUUUUUAUCCUUGCCUCAUCUUCUCUUGACAUGUUUUUUUUUUUUUGCCAAAACAGUGAAGGCUCGAAGUGGCGGACGAGAAGAAAAUUGAUCACUCCAACCUUCCACUUCAGAAUUUUGAACGAUUUUCUUCAAGUAUUCGAAGAACAAGCAGCGAUUUUGGUUACUCGCCUUGAGGUAAUUAAAAUUUACAUUUUCUCCAACCUUCCGAAGCGUUAACUGAGUUUAAUAUUUCAACAUGGUGUAUGCGAGAAAAUUUACAGUAUGCCUUAUUUUAACAGAAACAUGUCGGCAAAGGAGUUUUCAACUUGAUGCCCUUCAUCUCACUUUGUACGUUGGAUAUCAUUUGCAGUAAGUAUAAUUGAAUUCUAAAAUAUCGAAUAUAACCUCAGCUUUAAUUCAUUGGGAUCAAUAUUUAUAUUACCUAAGCUGCAUUAACAGGACGCCUGCCACCCAUCCAAACCUAGCUCCUAUCUUCUUCUCAAGUAGAUGAAGUUGUAUCAGAGGUUACAACCCUACGCGGUAUUCAGGGAUUAUAUCAACCCAUUCGCUCUUGAAAAUUUUGCCGCAAAAGCGUCUUGUAGGUAGUUUGAGCCGUUUUCUUGUCACUGUAGAGCUAAAUCUUACCACAAAUCCGUUUACAGGUCGUAGACUUCGCGGCCGGAUCGAGAUCCAAAUAUUCGCUUCCGAAAUUCGAGCAUGUGCAGAAAGCAAAAUUUUGAGAGGGUUCAAAAAUGACACGCAGUCUUAACUGUUUCUCUUCGGUUUCUGUCUUCCACUCUUUUUUCGCUUUUCUUGCCUCAAUUUUUUUCUUUUUGCUAAGGGCGUUUAGUAGGCUUCAUUUUGGUGGGCAAUGUUUCUGGGAAAGCUUUCAGGGUCUUAGGAUUAGAUACGUAGGUCGGUUGUGGAACAAAAUUUUCAUGGGAAUUUUCGGGUUAAAGGUACAUGUUUUUUUUCCCUUUUUCUCUGGCCUCCGUGACCAGUGCUCAGUGCUAUGGUCUUAAAGAUCUCUUUACCCUGCACAAGUUAGCUGACAAACUUAGCGUCCUUGGCCGUUAAAAUUGAUGACGUCAAAAGCGGUAGAAGGAGCGUGGAUUCACACGGGCGAAUGGGUUAAGAAAGUCAGGGUCCUUAAUUUCUUUUGUUAAGGAACUUAGCUGGUACAUGUCAUCAUAGAGGUCAUAAUAAUCUGAUGAAAAUUAUUCCUUUUGUUUGUUUUCUUUGAUUUUAAGUCACCUCUAUGGAUUCAUCACCAAACGCUCAAGAAAAUAACGAUUCUCCAUACGUGAAUGCUGUCUUGAGGUUUGGAAUAGCUAUAGAGCUCAUUUCGCUUUACUAAUUUCAACUGAAUUACUUUCGUUCUUUUUAACGUAGCUUGGAGUCUAGCAAGGUGGUCCCCAAAGAGUCGGAAAUAGGCUCUUCGAGAUGUGGAGUCUGCCUUAUUUGUAUGCCCGCAUUCGGAAUAUCGAUUUUAUAGUAAAAUGGUAGCAAGAUUCGGAAUUGAAAGUAUGCUCGAGAUGCAGGAUCCCGAAAAUAACCAUCAGGAUUACGGGAUUGCGCGAGAUAAGGUUCGGGAUGUGGGUUUCCCUUGUUUGAAGCUCGGGAUUCGGGAUUUAAAACACAACGAGGGCAAAUUUCGGGAUUAAAAGUAUGCACGGGAUGCGGGAUCCUGAAAAUAACCCUCGGGAUUACGGGCUUGUGCGAGAAUUUGGGGCUGGAUGACAGGAUUGAAGAACCCGAUUGAGUACCCUCCAGCGAGAAUUAACAAUCGAAAUGUCGACAAAUAAACUAGGACUAACUAAACUAAUAANUCCUUUUGUUUGUUUUCUUUGAUUUUAAGUCACCUCUAUGGAUUCAUCACCAAACGCUCAAGAAAAUAACGAUUCUCCAUACGUGAAUGCUGUCUUGAGGUUUGGAAUAGCUAUAGAGCUCAUUUCGCUUUACUAAUUUCAACUGAAUUACUUUCGUUCUUUUUAACGUAGCUUGGAGUCUAGCAAGGUGGUCCCCAAAGAGUCGGAAAUAGGCUCUUCGAGAUGUGGAGUCUGCCUUAUUUGUAUGCCCGCAUUCGGAAUAUCGAUUUUAUAGUAAAAUGGUAGCAAGAUUCGGAAUUGAAAGUAUGCUCGAGAUGCAGGAUCCCGAAAAUAACCAUCAGGAUUACGGGAUUGCGCGAGAUAAGGUUCGGGAUGUGGGUUUCCCUUGUUUGAAGCUCGGGAUUCGGGAUUUAAAGCACAACGAGGGCAAAUUUCGGGAUUAAAAGUAUGCACGGGAUGCGGGAUCCUGAAAAUAACCCUCGGGAUUACGGGCUUGUGCGAGAAUUUGGGGCUGGAUGACAGGAUUGAAGAACCCGAUUGAGUACCCUCCAGCGAGAAUUAACAAUCGAAAUGUCGACAAAUAAACUAGGACUAACUAAACUAAUAAUUGUGAUCGUUUUUUAAAUAUAAUGCAUUCGGUCUACCUAUCCAUGCUAGUUCAGUAAAUGAAAAGCGUCGUUAUAAUUAAGUAAAUAAUUAAACCUGUGGUGGAUCUAGACCCUUAAAUAAGUGAAGGCCGAACCGCUCAACCUGACCAAGGGGCAGUUUUACGAAAGUCCCGAUAGUUAACUUGCCCGGAAAGAUCGAGUUUUCAAUAGUUUUGCAGAUAAAAUGAUAAAACUAUCAGUUAACCGAACAAAAUGCACUGGCUUGGUAGCUACAACCAUUUGCAAAAAAUGUUGAGACACUCUGGCGAAAAAACGACCUUUCUUAAUGCUCUAAAUCGCUGCUAGUCACAGGUCUGUGAGGUAUAAUACUAACCUCCCUCCUCCCUUCCAUUGAAAGUUGUUCCUCCAAGUUUUGAGCCUGUUCUUGUAUUGCUAGCGUCUUUGAUAAGGGGUGGACGGGGGAUCACAAGCACAAGAUCAUGGACAGGCCAUUUAAGCCAAAAUACGGUACGGUGUCUCAGCCCAGGUACUUUGCAACUUGCUGUAGAUCCCCAGCUGUUAUUCUUUAGAUUUUGACUUUUUUUUUCGGGACCGCGCUCCACCUUGAGAAUGCCGGUCUCAUGGUCUAUAAAAAUGUAAAGGACCCAAGCCCCUCGAACCGAAACUUUGUCUUAAAUAGCUAAGAUAUUCAUAACUUACAGAUCAUACACACACAUACGAAGGACUAGUUUGCUUUUACAUGCAACAGAAUGUCCAAGCUGGUUCACAAGAGGCAGAGAUCUCCUUGGCUUUGGAAUGAUGUCAUUUAUAGCUUUACGCCUUCGGGCAGAGAACAUGAUAAAUACCUUAGGAUUCUUCACGAUUUCACAAACAAGGUACUUUUUUACUUUACUUUUUAGCAAAUGGCCGGCCUGAAUCAUUGAUGACACAUUGUCAACUCGUCCCACCCCUUUAUUUCCCUCAACCAUGUCUUAUAUCUUAGUACCGUAGAUGCUCGAAUAAGCGCCUAUUUGAUUGUUUGACUCGAGAGGGCGGCGCUAAUUUGAGGGGAGACCCUUAUUAUAUAGACUUGAGUUUCCACGUCCUGUAGUCGCCAAAUUCGCUGUCCUUGUCAGAUGUCAUGCUACAUUCACUGAAGAUAUACGUACUAAAUACUAUAUUAAUGUAAACAAUAAGCGGGCUCUAAUGUAGUAUUCAAAACAGAAAGGUUUUAUGAAUAAUUAUUCUUUCUGGGUGGUAUUUCUUAGAGCGAAACUCCGACACAAUUGCCUGAUAGCAGGCUGUCAUAUCAGCUGACAAGUAAACCAUGAAAUAUAUUCCAUUAGGUCAUUGAUGAGCGAAUCGCUGACCGAGCUGCCAAGAACAACAUUUCACAAAAAGAGGAGAAAGACGGGGAAACCAGUAAAGAAGAAGAAGUGUUUGAAAGAAAGAAGCGUCUGGCAUUUCUCGAUCUAUUGCUGGAAGCGUAUGACAAAGGGGAAAUUUCACGGGAAGGAGUUAGAGAAGAAGUGGAUACGUUUAUGUUCGAGGUCUGAAUGCUUGUGAUUCUUGCGCUUUUGCUCGUUGUCUUUUGUUUUUGUCAUUAUAGGCGUGGAUGUUUUGUAUGUUGUUUCGUUUGUUUUAAUAUGUGACGAAAUGGAAAUACUCGGUAGCAUUAUAGAACAGAACUUAGAGCAUACUUCUCACUCACCUACAACUUAUGUGCAUAGACUUUGUUUUACUUUUCUUUUUGAAAAUCGACGAUCGCGGAGCACGAGAACGAGGGCGGAGUGCUUCCCCACCGCCACCCCCUUGCGCUAGCGGUCAAUAAAUCCCCCCCGGAUUUCAUUUCCAUACAUAUCCACUGGAUAGUAAUUUAUCCGGUGGAUAGCGCUAUUCAACUUUUGAACAACUGCAUGAGGCCAGAUCAGAAAUAAAACAAGGCCCAACUGAAUUGGUCACAGAAACGUAACUAUAACUUUCACUUAGAGUUGAAGAUGAAGAAACUUUCAAACUUACGCACAGUGUGUCCAAAGGAGACUCAUAUUUACUGACUGUCCUAUGGUGAGGGAUAGUGUGACGUCAUGUUACCAUAGUAGCAAAAUUUCUGGAUUUUCAACAAUCUUUCUUGAAAAAGACGGCAUUUGCAUUGUCAACAGUUCUUGGAGAUCCAGAAAUUUUGCUACCAUGGUAUCAUGACGAAACGACUUCUCCUCUUUAUUCAGGACUCCACCCAUAUUCAAUCCAUUAACCCUUUAAGCCCCAAUAUCCACAAACAAAUUCUCCAAACUGAUCUCUAUACAUUUCCUUACAGAAUUAGUUAAGAGAAAUUGAUAAAAGAUCAGAGAUUUUUCUCUUUGUGAUCAUUUUAUUAAUUCUCAUAACCUAAUCUCUUGACAGUGUAUGGAUAUUGUUCGGAGAAAAUUGAUGUUGGUCACUAUUGGGACUUAAAGGGUUAAAAUAUUACUUUACACUGUUUACUUGAGUGAGCAACCGAUCAUCAGUCAAGGCUGCUAGGUUAUGCACGUCUCCAGGGACAUCCUUUAAUCGCCUUUCUGUUCAUUUAAGGGUCAUGACACCACAGCUGCCGGUAUUUUGUUUGCCUUAUACCUUCUUGGGCGCCAUCCAGAAAUUCAGCAGAAAGUACAGGAAGAAGUGGAUCUGUUUUUUGGUGAGGGCAAAUCAAGAGUACAGUUCAAAAGUAAAGUUUGCGAUUAUUGUCUUAUUGAAUCGAUGUUUUACAGACCGUCGCCCUGAAACACUGUCAGUGGAUGAUUUAAAGGACUUACGUUACCUGGAAUGUGUUAUUAAGGUACUGAAAUAUUUCAUAUUUUGUUAAGUUGUUAGAAGACUGGUUUUUCUCGAUUAUUUUGGAUGAUCAAGGUAGCUCAUCCGGACGCGAUUAAACCAAUCAACCUAUCUGUCAACUUCAGUACAAUUCAGGCAGUUGUCGCGGUCGCCCAAAUAGCCCGGAUCAUCUCCAUCGCCUGAACACAUCUUGAGACAACUCGGACCAUCGAAGAUAAUCCGGACGAUUAUAUAAAAACGGUCCGAUAAUAUCCUCCUUGACAGGCGCUUAUAUUCCAAGCAAGGCGCAAUGGGCGUUUCACACGAACCGCUCAUCUCGCGCUUCUUGCGAAAUGCGCCGUUCGCUCGUCUCGCUUGGCUAAUAAAGCGCCUAUCAUGGAGGAUAGCCUAUAUAGACUUAAGAUAUACCAAUCAUGCAAAUCGUCCCUCGUUGCAGCUAGAGUUGUUUUGCGAUCACCUGAAGGAGUUUUUAGACAAUACGGGCAAAAAUUUAGAGCUUCGGCGGUACUUGCCAUCCACGCAUUUUAACCUUAUUACUUAUGUUAAUUUCCAGGAAGCCCAGCGGAUAUUUCCAUCUGUUCCACAUUUUGCUAGAAAGACUACUGAAGACUGUCAAUUGGGUAAAUAAUGUUACUAUGUCUUCCUUUUAACCUACAAGCUGGGGACAACUUAACUGAGAGCCUGGUUGGGGAGGGUGGAUCUCCUUUAUAGAAGCUCAUAGCUUACAAAUGUCUAUGAAGCCAAGCAAUAAAUUCUCUAGCAGUUCUAAAAGUAUCGACCCUAAGCAAGGUUAUUCAUGCUAUGGUGAGAGGUCAUGUGACGAGGAAAUGACGUCAUGAUUUAAAUUGACUACCAUAUAUCAGAUUCACCAACCAGGCGAUUUAUUAGGUCAGGGCACUGGCCACAAACAUGCCAAAAUUAACAUCGCUUAAAAUGAUCUUACGUAAACAGCGCGCCUUUUCCUUUUCCGCGAGCACACUCCAAGUGCCUGGGGCCCCGAAUUCCCGUUACCCCUAACAUUAGAAAGAAAAAAGUGCCCACGCAUGCGCAGGCUAUAGCCUCGACAAUUUAGGAAAAGAAAAAGUAUAAUUGAAAUUCCCUUAAAUUGUAGGUGAAUAUUUCGCUCCGAAAGGCACAACGGUUGGGGUUUCACCAAUGGCUCUUCACAGAAACCCGGAAAUAUGGCCAGCACCGUUGCAAUUCAAUCCAGAUCGCUUCCUUCCAGAAAGCAGCCAAGGGAGACAUCCAUUUGCUUUUCUUCCAUUUUCAGCAGGACCGAGAAACUGCAUUGGUAGGACAUAA